UGUGUGUACAGUGUGUGUAUGGGCAGUGCAGAUAACGGGCAGUGCAGAGGAGGGUCGGGGAUAACACAGACCCGGACCCUUGGUUUAUCCCCGGUGGUAUCACUGAUCAGUGCUGCGUGUUCUCCUCAGCGGGAGGUGUAUAAGGUAAGAGGGUGGAGGGAAGCACAAAGUCCUCCUUCUCCAGCUGAUCUCAGACAGGGGGGUGUGCCAGGCAACUGUCAGCUAGUGAGUGCCGCUCCAGCCGGGACAGUCGCACAUGCAGGAGCCCGAGGAGGGCACGAUGUGGCCCCAAUGUAUAAGAGCAGCAUGGCACCCAGACUGAGCCCCCGCAGGGCACGGAGAUACCUCUUCAUCUGCACCUUGUGCCUGUCCUGCACCCUACUCUGCUACAACCUCAUCCUCCGCAGCCAGUCCAGUAUGAACAGCCCAGGGGAGCAGUCCAGUAGGAACAGCCCUGGGGAUCAUCACCUCAGCUGCCCUCUGCCCCCGUUAGUAGGGAGCAAGAAACUGCUGCAGAAAAUCCCCCCGUGCCCCCACUCUGCCAGCACAGCCCCUCCAAGCAGCACCCCUCUUACCUACCCACCCUCCGACCUACAGGGCAAGGACCGCACGGAGCCGACCCCAGGAACAAGGACCCCAUCAAACCCCACAGAGCAGCCCACGUCUUCCCCCUGGAACUGCACUGCUACCCCCAGAUACGGCCAGAAGAGUCUCCCCCAGGCUAUUAUUGUUGGGGUAAAAAAAGGGGGAACCAGGGCUGUGCUGGAAUUCAUCAGGGUGCACCCCCAAGUCCGAGCCAUGGGAACUGAACCCCAUUUUUUUGACAGAAACUACGAGAGGGGUCUGGACUGGUACAGAAACCUGAUGCCUCGAUCUCUGGAGCAACAAAUAACAGUGGAAAAAACUCCCAGCUACUUUGUGACUCGGGAUGCCCCUAGAAGGAUCGCAUACAUGUCACCCCGUGUCAAGUUGAUUGUGGUUGUGCGGAAUCCAGUUACCCGUGCCAUUUCAGACUACACCCAAACCUUGUCCAAAAAACCUGACAUUCCCAGCUUCAAUGAACUGGCCUUCCGCAACAGGACCAGCGGAGAGGUAGACACUGCCUGGAAUGCCAUUCGGAUUGGGCUUUAUGCUUUGCACUUACAGCCCUGGCUUAGUCAUUUCCCCAUAUCCCAGAUGCACUUUGUCAGUGGAGAGCGCCUCAUCAUUGACCCUGCCGGCGAAAUGGCACGAGUCCAGGACUUCCUCGGCCUCAAACGUCUAGUCAAUGACAAACACUUCUACUUCAACAAAACCAAGGGGUUUCCCUGUCUCAAAAAGCCUGGAGGUGGUGGAGCACCUCGUUGCCUGGGCAAAUCUAAAGGUCGAACUCAUGUACAGAUUAACCCAGAGGAUAUAGAACAACUGAGAGACUUUUACAGACCUCAUAAUAUAAAGUUCUAUGAGACUGUUGGGCAGGACUUUCACUGGGAAUAGGGAAAAGGUAUGGAAUGUUUGUGAUAGCACAAAUUCUGGUUCGGAAGCAGUGAGUUUGAUGGUCAAAUAGGGAAAAACUGUAAUAUGAUGAGCAAAAUCAAGAAGCGAGACACAAAAAGGCAUUUCUUCGAUGAAUGGGUUUUCAGAAGGAAAGCCAUGCUGGUAGGCUAAUAAAUGGAACGGUAAACAGAAAAGCGUAAAGGACAAAGGGAAUAGGGAAUUAGUAUCCAAUCUCACUUGGAUUGGACUGAAUGGAGAUGAUCAAUCUCACUUGAUGAGACUGAAUGGAGAUGGUGCAAUAGAAUGGAAACACUAAAAAUAUAUAGGGGCUCAUGGGUUUAGAAUUCUACCCAUAUCAAGAAUUCGGCAAUUAGCCAUGAUCACACUGGUGGUAUCUCUCCACCUGUUCCUGAACUACCAUCUCAGAGGCUGUUGUGGCAUAAUAGCAACUGGAAUUUGGCAACAGAUGUAGAGGAACAGUUUGCCAAUACCUGGUCUAGUCGCCAAACAAAUCAAUGUGAAUUGGUUACUAUGGGUUACUACACCAGUGCAGUUUUGUACUCAUGCUAGUAAACGGGCCCUACAAAUUACUCAUGAAUCCCCUUUCAAUUAAUUCCCAAUAUUAAAUACUAUAUCCAGUGAUACUUUAUUAUUUAUUAUUUACAAGGAAAACAGGUAGAGAUCAAAGGCUACUUCUUAAAAGGGGCAUAGAUCACCCAGAGCAGUGUUGCUCCAUCCCAGUGUUGCUGAUCAACAGCUUCCAUCAUUCUCUGACAUAUUAACAAGGCUUAAAGUAGCAAUUCCCAAUUAAGUGUGUCAUUGAUCCCUGUGGAAUGGUCUGGAUCAGUUCUUGGGGGGCCUCAGUCAUUAGGACAGAUAGGGCGAGAUUUGAGGAGAAUGCCUACUGGCUCUUCUAGAUACUCAUGAAAGCUUAGCAUGAAGGUCAAAUAGAGAAGGAUUUGGUGGUGGACAUUUAUUUGCUGCUCUAUGUACUAUGGCUAAUUGGCUGAUUAAACAAUGUUUCCAUAUAUAUUGUAACCUUGUUAUCAGUUUAGAGGGAGCCAUUCCCAACCUCCACGGAGGGCUUGAACAAACAAGUCUAACAAGUUAUAGUCAAGCAGCCAUAGAGGUAGAUUCUUAAAGCAACAAAAGUUUUCCAGGUUCUCUGUGGUCAAUAGCCCAACUGAUGCAAGAGUAUUCUUCAAUGCACCAAUGACACUGGAUUCUCGCUUCUUUGUUUCAUACAAUCAUUCCCAUAGACAUUAAACAAUAUUUUUCUAGCACUGAACAUUUAGGGGCAGAUUUAUUUUUUUGAAAAUUUGAAUUUCAAGUUUAUUUUAGUGUAAGUCCAUUUCAUUUGAGUAUGUAAAAAGAUCAAAAUUCUAAUUUCUAAAUUUUCAUGUAAUGUCCCUUUGAGAAUUCGAAUUCGACUAUUCACCAUCUAAAACCUACCGAAUUGGUGUUUUAGCCUAUGGGGGACGUCCUACU